CCUUGCGAGGGGGAGUCGCAUAGGUCCGGUGGCCAUGGAUGAAGUGCUGGCUGUCCAGAGCCGGGACCCCGGGUGGACCACUAGCCUGUGCAUCGGUUGGGGACAUCUCUGCGCUGCUGACCCGUCUCCGCUCGGGAUGGUUUCCUGUUGGCCCCGCUGUGGACUGGACUCCCGCUGAUGUGUUGGAUCCACUGUGGACUGGACUUUCACAAUGUUAUGUCAGACCCACUCGACAUCCGUUGCUUUCGGUCUCCCCUAGAGGGGGGGGGUUACCCACAUAUGCGGUCCUCUCCAAGGUUUCUCAUAGUCAUUCACCGACGUCCCACUGGGACCGACGACAAUGGCAGGUGUCCUCAAAAGGAAGUUUGCAGAAGUAGAAGACGACGACGACGACGACCUCGCCUACCCUUCCCCGCCGUCCUCUUCGCCCGCGUCCUCCGAGUGGGAGUCGGACAGGGAGGAUUUUACGCCCCGCAGCCCCCCUGCACCCGGCGUUCUACCCGUUGGCUCCAUCGUGAAAAAGCCCCGGCGGGUAAAAAGGCAGCAUCAUGUGCGCUUCGACCAGGUGACGGUGUUCAGUUUCCCUCGCUGCCAAGGCUUCACCAGCGUGCCCAGCCGCGGCGGCGCCACGCUGGGUAUGAGGCGGCAGCACAGCGCCCUCCACAGGUACACGGUGGCGGAGCACGAAACGGCGCGGCCGUGCAGGCAAGCGCGCCUGCUCCGACUGAGACCGGAAGGCUGGAAAGACGACCCGGUUGCGAACGAGGACGCCCACGUCGGUGACGCCGAGCCGGAAGGCGGAGGUUCCCUACAGCCGUACUCGUCCAAGCAGCGGCAGGCUCUCCUGCUGGCAGCCGGCGUGAAGCGCAUCGACCGCGAGGAGAAGAAGCAGCUUCACGCGCUGCGUUUGUCCCGAGAAGCUUGCGGCUGCGACUGCCAGGGCUUUUGUGAGCCCGAGACCUGCGCCUGCAGCCUGGCGGGCAUCAAGUGCCAGGUGCAACUGAAUUCACCUGCAGAAAAAUGUGGACUGCUGCCCUUCUUUGACUUCAUUCUGUCGCUGGACCACAAACGACUUAAUGAGGAAAAUGAUCAGCUCAAGGAGCUCCUGAAAGCCAAUAUGGAGAAAGAGGUGUGCAUGGAGGUGUACAGCACCAAGACAAUGAAGGUUCGGGAACUGGAAGUGGUGCCCAGCAAUAUGUGGGGAGGACAAGGCCUGCUGGGGGCAAGCGUUCGCUUCUGCAGCUACCAAGGAGCCAAUGAGAACGUCUGGCAUGUGCUGGAUGUGGAAGCCAGUUCACCCGCUGCCCUUGCAGGCCUCCGUCCUCACACUGACUACAUUGUUGGCGCAGAUCAGGUAUUGCAAGAUUCAGAAGACUUCUUCUCGCUGAUUGAAGCUCAUGAAGGGAAGCAACUGAAACUGUCGGUGUACAACACACAAAUGGACGCCUGCAGGGAGGUGGUGGUCACCCCAAAUGGAGCUUGGGGAGGCGAGGGCAGUUUAGGUUGUGGCAUUGGGUAUGGCUACUUGCACAGAAUCCCUGCACCUCCUGAUCUAUCCAUACAAACGCCCACCGGCCCUCCACCUCCUGCUCCUCCUCUUGUUCCCGAGGAAGGCGCACCUGCAGAGCUGCCUAACCAUGGCUUCACAGAGGCACCAUUGAUGGCACCGUCAAACCAAAGUGAGGAUGUGUUGGACUUGGAGCAGGUGACCCUCCCGGAUGCUCCUCUACCUCCACCUAUCCACCGCGUCACAGACCCUGGCUUGUUGGAGUCUGAGGCCGCCAUGAUGAGCCCCGAUCCCGCUGAUCUGCUGGACAGGCUGGACGUGUCCGUGUCGUCCAUCGACAUGAACGACACCUCCCUCGCCAUAAAGGACGAAAGAGACAACGAGAUCUCUGGCGUUGGUAAGUUAGCUCGCAGAACACUUAGAUGUCGUACGAUCGGCGAUUUUGGCAGCGGCACCGUGGACUGUAGGAUAAGUUUCCAGCCCUGGGAAGACUACCUGGGAUUAUCUGAUGUAGUUCGAGAGAUGAUAGCUCACAACAACACUGCAGGACCGGAAGCUGCGUCUCCUUCACGGACAGAUGCUUGGAGUGCGUUUUUUAGAAGUCAAAGUCCGAGUUGCGUCGCACCUCCUCCGACGUCGUGCACCUGGAGACCAGAACUUAGUCUGCACGAUGACCUUCCAGACACAGGGGGCUUGAACGCACCACCACGCAUGAUGUGCGCCUUCUGCAAGCGCAACGGGGAGUCCGAGGCGGUCUACAGGUCUCACUGGCUGAAGACGCUCUCCGGACACGUGGCCUGUCCUUACCUGUCCUUACCGUUUUUUAGAAACACGUGCGCUCAAAGUCCGAGUCGCGUCAUAUCUCCUCCGACGUCGUGCACCCGGAGACCAGAACUUAGUCUGCACGAUGACCUUCCAGACGCAGGGCGCUCCAGUGGCCGCAAGAGGCACCUGAACGCACCACGACGCAUGAUGUGCGCCUUCUGCAAGCGCAACGGGGAGUCCGAGGCGGUCUACAGGUCUCACUGCCUGAAGACGCGCUCCGGAGACGUGGCCUGUCCUUACCUGCGCAGGUACGUGUGUCCUCUCUGUGGAGCUUCCGGCGACAAAGCGCACACUAAAAGCUUCUGUCCGGAAGUGGGCCCCAACUACAAGUCUGUGCACGCCCAGAAAGAACUCUGAGCUUCUUGUUUGCUUCCAUCACAAAACCCUUUCUUUGUUGGAAUACUUCUCUUUUAUUGCUUUUAUAUCAUGAGAGAAUAAGUAUUUUUAUUUGUUGAAACUAAAACCCUACUGUGAAAUUGCAAUUUGACUUUCAUUCUUGUGUGC